AUUUUCUCUUCAUUUUGUUUUUGUUUCUAAACUCCUGUUAAUCGGAUACUGGAUCCUUUUGUUUUUGCUCAAUUUUUCAUCUAUUUCUACUUUCUAAGUUUUUCCAACUCAUUGAUGUUUUGAAAUUUGGGAUAUCAUUUUUACUACAGAAGAACCAUUUCCUGUGCUCUGCUGUCUCCUUAAAAAAAAGAAGUCCUCUUGUUUCAUAGCUGAAAUAUCUUUUAUUUGAAGAUGCUAGUUAUAGAAUACUUUUUGAGACCAUUUUGUUCUGUUUUCCAUUUCCUUCAAAUAACAAAAACGUUGGGAAAUGCUGUGUUUGUGAGGCUCACACUAGGGGAUGCUGAAUGUUGGUAUUGCCGAGCCAUUUCUCUAGGGUCUUUUGUCUACUCAUUUCUUCAGAGAAAAACAGGGUUAUGGGGAGAUAGUGGUAGGGAGCAGUAGAGGGGUGCCUGCAUUAUGGGAGGGGCAGAGAAGGGGGCUGCUAGCAUUGCAUUAUUCAGUAGGAAAACAUCAUGGCACCUCUCAUCCUUUGUUAGGCUUUGUGUCUGGAAUCCCUCUGAUGCCCUGUCUUUAGCAUCUUAAACUAGUCUUCUGCCUGAACAAUUUACUGCCCUCCCUUCUACCUUCAAGGCACCUGAAGCUUUCUGGGGUUCUGCUUUGUGAAUCAGUGGCUAAAUAUCCCCUUCUACAAGCAGUUUGCUCAGUUCUCCUGACACCUUCAUCUGCAAAGAGGGUGGUUGGGUUCAGGUAACCUCCCUAUGGCUCACUUAUCUGUAAAGCAUACUUAAUAUCUACCUUUUAGGUUGUUUAAAGGAGUGAACAAUGUAAAACACUUAGAACAAUGUCUGUCACGCUGUAAGGACUGAAUAAGUUAUUGCUCUUGUCCUCCAAAAAUGUGUUGGUAUAACCGGUCUGCAGUCAUCUCUUCUCUUGUUCUUUUUGCCUUUGUGAGUUUGUUCCCUUUGUCAUUGCUUUACUGUUAUUUAAGGUUUGGAGAAGGAGCAGGAUACACAGGAUUAAUUAUAACUGGAAGUCCUCUUUAAUAUUUUAAAUUAGCUUUACUUUCUUACAGCCUUAAUCUUUCUGGGUGACUCUGGACACUCUACUAGACUAAUAUGAAUAUGGCAGCCCCUCGGAAGCCAUGCAAUCAUUUCUUCUCUUCAGAAGGACAGCACACUUUCUUUGGAGGGCCCAGGACAAUGCAGUGGAAAGUGCUUUGGCUUGGAGGCAGAGGUCCCAGAGGCAGUACUUCUCAGCUGUCACCUCUGACAAGCUUCUCCAGCGUUUCUUCUGUUAAAAUGAGCCCCCAAAAUGCCUACGACCCGGUUGCGAUCGAGUGGCCGACGCCCCCAGUGGGAGUGAGGCCCAGCACGCGAGCUCGGUCCCUCUUCCUGGAGCCAGGUGGGUGCGCGCUUUCAGGCUCACCCGGCGGCGCAAGCGGGAGAAGCCAGGUGCCCUCAAUAAACAUGGCCGCCGCGCCAGCGUCAACCCGGCUCGGGAGGCCGCGCUGCCGCUUGGGAAUCGCAGGUUUGGCGUCACCCGGCCCGGAACCACGUGAUGCAGGAGGUGCCCGAGGCGGCGGGGCUCGCGCGGGUGGAGCCGCCUCGGCGUUCGAGCGGGGUGGGGGCUGCCCGGUUGAGAUUUCCCGGCGGGUCCCGGCCUCUGCGUGCACGCGCCUGCGUGCUCGCGCUCGCGGUUCUGGCGCUGCCGGAAAGGAAUAAUGCUGACAGCAUGUCUGCACAUUCCAUGCUCUGUGAACGAAUCGCCAUAGCCAAGGAACUGAUCAAGAGAGCAGAAUCACUUUCUAGAUCAAGAAAAGGUGGCAUAGAAGGUGGUGCAAAGCUGUGCAGCAAAUUGAAGGCAGAAUUAAAAUUCUUGCAGAAAGUAGAAGCUGGGAAAGUAGCUAUUAAAGAGUCUCAUUUACAGAGCACUAACCUAACACACCUGAGAGCCAUUGUGGAAUCAGCAGAAAACCUGGAAGAAGUUGUUAGUGUUCUUCAUGUCUUUGGUUAUACAGAUACCUUAGGAGAAAAGCAAACCCUUGUGGUAGAUGUAGUUGCAAAUGGUGGUCAUACUUGGGUGAAAGCCAUUGGCCGGAAGGCUGAAGCUCUUCAUAACAUCUGGCUGGGCAGGGGCCAAUAUGGUGACAAAAGCAUCAUUGAGCAGGCUGAAGACUUCCUCCAGGCCAGUCACCAGCAGCCAGUGCAGUAUAGCAACCCUCACAUCAUCUUUGCAUUUUACAACAGUGUCUCCAGCCCCAUGGCAGAGAAGCUGAAAGAAAUGGGCAUAUCUGUGAGAGGAGACAUAGUAGCAGUCAACGCUCUAUUAGAUCACCCUGAAGAGCUUCAACCAAGUGAGAGUGAAUCAGAUGAUGAGGGCCCUGAACUUUUGCAGGUGACCAGAGUCGACCGAGAAAAUAUACUAGCAAGUGUUGCGUUUCCAACAGAAAUUAAGGUCGAUGUGUGCAAAAGAGUAAAUCUGGACAUUACUACUUUAAUCACAUAUGUAUCUGCCCUCAGCUAUGGAGGCUGCCACUUUGUUUUCAAAGAGAAAGUGCUCACAGAACAAGCAGAGCAAGAGAGGAAAGAGCAGGUUCUACCUCAGCUGGAGGCCUUUAUGAAGGACAAGGAGUUGUUUGCUUGUGAAUCUGCUGUCAAGGACUUUCAGUCUAUUUUAGAUACCUUAGGAGGACCUGGGGAGAGAGAGAGGGCCACUAUGUUAAUUAAGCGAAUUAAUGUGGUACCAGACCAGCCUUCUGAGCGUGCCUUGAGACUAGUGGCCAGUUCAAAAAUUAAUAGCCGCUCAUUAACAAUUUUUGGGACAGGAGACACCCUAAAAGCCAUCACAAUGACUGCUAAUAGUGGUUUUGUCAGAGCUGCAAACAACCAGGGUGUUAAAUUUAGUGUGUUUAUCCAUCAGCCCAGAGCACUUACUGAGAGUAAAGAGGCUCUAGCCACCCCCUUACCAAAAGACUACACAACUGACAGUGAACACUAAAGAUACCCUUUAAAUAUUGUUGUGGAAGUAAGUUAUUUAUACCAAAGGCUGGGUCUUCCCAUCUAAACUGGUGGGAAAAAAGGUCUAUAGUAAAAGUAAAACUGAGAAGUCUUAAAGCAGUAGAGUUUCUUUGUCUCUCAUCUAAAGUAUAUAACCUCCCAAAGUAGAAAAAGCACAAGAGAGAAGCUUAUCUAUCAAACUGUCUGCAUUAGUGCAGUUAAGAACCAAAAUACGUCUAUAUAAAGCUUUCAGCUGUAUUGUAAUACUUUGAUUCGAUAGGGCUACAACUCCCCUACUGCUAACCACGUUUCAUGGAAUAUGGCUACAUUGCAUCUUGCAUUAAAUAUCUGGAGAAAAUUCAA